AUGUGGGGGAGACGCUAGUGAGUGCCAACAGUGUAGGAUGUUGUGUUACGCCCCUGCCUGAAGCUUCUCUCACAAAAAGCAACAGUGUUUAGUUGUUUCUUAAUUUAAAUGUUUUUUUAAAGGAUUACUUUUAGUAUUAGAAGUGGGGCUGUGUGGGGUCGUUGUGGUCGGCCAGUAUCUUCCCUGCAGUUCAGAGAGCCGGUGAGAAUUUUCCUGAAGGAGACGAGCUGACUUCUAACCAGAGCAGGAACCAUUCAAGAGAAACUUUCUACAUCUAAAGCAUAAAAACACCCACAUGCAAAUGCAAGACCUGCUGAUCUGAAGGUUCAGAGUGUGUGUAGCUUCAGUAAAACAAGUCUCAUCAUGGCCACCAUGUCUGUUUUAUUUUCUCAGUAAGGAAUCUUUGUCUCCUUUUAUCAUGAAGUGCUGCUCCUAAAUUGUGCCUGCAGCUCUCUUUGUUGCUACCGUAGCGCCGCUGGAUUUAAAGCUCAGUAACUCAAACAUCACAGCAUAGGAAACAAGAUUCCUUUGUCGUGUUUUUAGUACUACAUGCAGAGAAAUCUAUCCUGAACCAUUUUUACACGGACUGUGCAAAACUAAAAAAACUUAGAAAAUACUAAAUUAACUAAAUGUUUUAAGGGGAGACUAGGCAGUUAUGGCUUGCUUUUAGCGUUCCUAGUGUCCCUUUAGUAGAACCCCUAAGCACAACUUAUCUCCUCGCUGUGUGAUUGUUUUUUUAACACCUUAAUCUAACUGUUGAAAUGUCUCCUCAGCCUUCAUUAAUAUCGACAGUAGCGAUUCACAAGUAAAUCAAACAAAUCAGCUCUGGUCAUAAUCUAAAACAUGAAGGAAACUUGCUGGAAGCAGACUGCUGCACCAAGUAUGUCAGCUCAACUUUUUUCUAAGUCCAACAGACUGGACUGGCAGUCCGAAGUUGCAAAUUCGUUACAAGGCUCGGGAUCACACGUGAUUAUUUGUUGCAUUCUGGGAUGUGGAAGACAUGUUGAUGACCUUACGAGUGUAAACAAACCGUGUGCUGCAGAGAAGAAGCAGAUUUUGGAGAAAGGAAGCGUUAACAUGUUAAAAUCCCUAAACGGAUGUGGGGAAUAUACAGGCAUAUGUUAAAGAGGAAAGCCAGGGACCAGUAUUAGCAUUAUUAAGGGUUUGGAUCCAUAUGAAAGACCCAAGACUAGAGCACCAACGACAACGUGUUGCCACUGUAGCUCUGCAUAACAGACGUGUUCGGCCUACAUGUUUGUGGUGUGAGCGGAUGUAAACGUGCGGGUGAGACGUAAACGUUUCUUUUGCUUGUUUUCCUAGUAAAACGAUCAAAAUUGUCAUCCUAUAGAAGAAGUGUAGCAGGAGGAAUUGUGUUGUGUCAGUGCGCCCGCAUUAGCCUACCAGUGUGUGUGUGUUGUGUGUGCAUGUUGCUGUUGAAGGAAAGACACGAUGAGUAAAAAACAUACACCAUCUGUAACUUAAAAAAAUGAAAAUACUUCAGAAGGUGAUGUUUAGUUGCUUUACAGUUGUGAUCCAAGCGGGCCGACGAGACUCUGUUAUAGAUACUUGGUCUCCGUGAAAAGUUAGCUUGUUUUCCACCUUUUUCCCUGGCGAUCACGUUACGCCCCACAACACAGCAACAAUUUACCGUGGUUGCGUAAUAUAACCGAUCCAAUGAAUAAUAGAAUAAAUGAAGUCGCAAGACUGACAGUGAGCAUGCUGGUGUCUGGAGUAACAGUUAAGGACUUGAAAGUCGCCAACAUGGCAGCUGCGUCACUGAUGACAACAUAAUCCCAAGCCCUAUUCUGGCCACACAAGGCGGUGUCGGUCAUUCACCCAGUAAAGGGUCAUUUUAGCUCAAACUGGUUCAAGAAAAUGAUUUAACCCUUACCCAACAUUAAAGCAUUUGUUUGUGCUGACACAUGUAUUUUUGUGUAUAACUUUGGCUAUGUUAAUGCAAUUGAUCUAUUUUUGGGGAGGAUGUGUAUUUUUGAAGGAAUUACUAAAAAUAGUUAGAAAAAAUCUUCGACUUCCUUUAUUAUAACGCAUAAUUUUUUUUGUAGCGUUAAGCAUCUUUCUGCUUUUUUUUGCGCCAUUGACUUCCAUGUAAAUCAUAUUUUUAUGAUAAGCAUACAUAUUAGCAUAAUUUUUAAAAAAUAUUAUUUUGUCUGUGUUCUCAGACCAUUCAUUCAUUCAUUCAUUCGAUGGUUAGUUUUUACCGUUUUCCAAUAGAUGGCGUAUUUUCUCCAUAUAUAGCAGGGCAAUGACUGACACUGCAUUUGAAUUAAAUGAUUCUGCUGUAUUUCUUUACUUCUGACUCCAUUAUAACACAUAUUUUGCAAAAAAAUGGUUUGUGUGUUAUUUAGAGAUUCCAUACAAUAGUUUGCAUGUGUGUGUUCUGAAUUUUUGGUAAUUGUGUUUUUACAGUGUGCCUUAAAAAAUAAGCCUUUACUGAAAGUAGAAAAUCUGCUCAUUCUCAAAAUGGCAUUUUGACAUGUGUCACUCUGUAUGCUUGUGCAGGCAUGCUUGCAUGCCGGGAUCAAAGCACUUUACAAAUCUUCAAAAGACAGAUCUGUGAUCAUUAUUUAGAGUAGUUGUGCAGGUGUGGCAAGGGGAGUGUGUGUGGGGGGCGAGGUUCUCAUGCACACUGUUGAAAUCAUGAAUAUUCAUCAAAUGCAUGCUACAUAUAAAAACCAAAGGAUUUUCUGCAAAAUUUGAGUUACUCACAAUUUUACUUUUGCAAACUGUUAUUUCAACAAGCACAAAGCAUUUGCAUGGAUGAAAAUUAAGAUGAAGGCUGAAAAACUUCAAAGGCAUACAUUUGUUUUGCAAAACAAAUUCCUGCAGAGCUGAGUGUGUUUACAUGGAGUUGGGGUCCGUUUACACAGGCGCACCAAUUCACUAAAAGUGCAUAUGAGACUCGGAUCCGGAUUAAUUUCUUUCUGCCACAAGCAUGAGAAGAAGUUUCAACGCAGAUCAACACCUGACCUCAGGAUUCUCUGUCGGCCUCACACUUCCUUCGUCGAGGGAUCACCCGCUUCCAGACGGCUUCGAUUUAUUUUUUUUAACAAGAACAAUCCUUGAUAUAAUAAUUAAACACACUAAUAAUAUAGAGGGGAGGAGAAAGUAUGACAACUGGAUGGAUGUUGACGACGUGGAACUCCACGCAUUUCUUGGGCUGCUCGUCCCCGCUGGGGGUGCUCCGUUCCUGGGGGAAUUUACUAAAAGCCUCUGGGAGGAAACGGAGAGGCCGAUUUUCAGAGCCACACUGAGCCUGCGAAGGUUCCAUUUGCUGACGGCAACAGUUUGAUGACCGCUUGAGGGCAGCACGCCGGUUGGUGCAGCAGUACAAGCUCGCUCCCCUCUGGGAGGUGUGGGACUUCCGGGUGGGCUGGCUCCCUCUUGCCUACAACCCCGGUGAAGAUGUAUGUGUGGAUGAACAGCUCGUCGGAUUCAGAGGUCGCUGCAACUUCCAAGUAGUAUAUGCCCUCAAAGCCGGCAAAAUAUGGCAUCAAGCUGUGGGUGGUGUGCGAUGUGGCCUCUUAUGUCUGGGGGAUUUUUCCCUACCUGGGCAAGAUGACGCGAGACGCCCCGGCACAAAGGGAGCAAGGGAGGCGGGUGGUGCUGGAGCUCACCGAGCGACUGAGCAGCUGCACUGUCACCAUGGACAGAGGCGGUUUUACCAUUAGGCAUAGGUAGGCGGUCACCUGGGGCCCCCUUGUGUUGGGGGGCCUCCUAGCCCUGACCGCCGGCACCCCUCUGUUAAUGCCACAAUAUUCUUAUUACCAACCUGUGGCCGCAGACGGGAUUGGACAUGCUUCUUGUUACCAUAAUUCCUGAACCGUUCAAGAUAUCACUAAAAUUCAAAAAGUGCUGAAAAGAUUAAAAAUGGGGCUUUUCGUGCAUAUACAAUACAUUACGGUAGUCACCGGGAUUCCGUCUUGAGCGCAACGAAUCACAACACAGAUUCAGAGACGUGCUGUUUGUCAUCCAAAAUGCUCCGUUUUAUAACUAUUGAAUGGCUGAUCAGAUUCAAAAACUUCCAACGGUUCCUAAAAGUACAUAAAAGCAGCUUUCCAACGAUCUAUAGCAUGAAGCAAUCAGAGUUAUGGAAAAUAUCGCUACGAGGGGAAAUCCUGCUGUACAGCCUGAUUGAAACGGAGCGCAGCGCCGCGGUGAAAGCGGAUAACGGAACGGGGAAGCUAAUUAGCAUAAAAACCAGCAUGAAAUUAUGGAAAUGCCUCAAAGAAAAUCAACACGAUCUAUUAGGUGUCCCAGAAGGCUUAUAUCUGAAGACAGUGACCACGAAGAAGGACAGAUCUCCAGUGAACCAGGGUAUGAACGUUUGUUCAUUCUUUAUUUUUUUAUUUGAACAAACCUCAACUAUUUGCUAAUUGUAAGAUUCAGCUUCAUUCUGUAGUGGCUGACUCGAGCUGAGCGAGAGUUGGAGAUGUGGCGUGGCUUCUUAACCCAAGCGCGGAGUGACUGAUGCCGGGUGGAGUGAUCACGCUGUUUAAUCUAGGAGCCGGGUGCGCAGCGGUAUGAAGAAACAGCUGAGCACAGCGGCUCCCACAGCACAGGGCUGACUUCUAAGAGUUGUCAGGUCUCUUAGAUCUGGCUGAUCUGGUUUGCAUAGGCUGAGUGAUCUGAGACGAUCUGGUCUAGACUCUGAGUUCGGUUCGGUGAGAACGAUGACUGAGUGAUUCGGCGUUGUGCGGCAUUUCCUUAAGUAGACUUGGCGGGUGACGUGAACCGGAAGACUGGCACUGGGGAUGUUGAGUAAUGGAGUUCGGAUGGUCUGAGCGGCUCUGCGGUUCCUCCCUUGAGGAGGUUGAUGGUUGUGAGGGAGACUGCGUGACACAUUCCAGCAUUAUUUAUCUUUUUACAAUAAAUAAUUACAUUUGCUAAAACAAAAAGUUUUUGGUAUAGCAGUGCACGUCUGCACCCCAUGGCAGUGUGAGGUGUGCAGGACUCUGCCUGUAGCUGAAGAGAAACUGCUUCAAGGUCUACCACAUCAAAUAAAAACGUCAGAAAGUUUACAAAAAUAAAUGGUCCUAAAAACUGCUAAAAAAGAUACCAAGGUUCAAACUUUUUUAAGAAUAGAUGCAUUACAGAUCAAAGUUUAAAUUGUUCAUUCCAAAUUGUUCACCCAGUAAUUUUGAAGUUCCUGUUCAGUAAUAAAUGUAAAAAAAUUCUAAUCCGUUUUUUGCUUUUCUCACUUUUAAGCUGAUUUUUUAAAGGCUUUAAUAGAAAUAAAUUCUAAAUACAAACCAUACACUGAAAGCUGAGGUUGUUCUGAAAAAAGAAGAGUUACACACACUUUGUACUUUUUAUUACAAUUUUACAGCCACAAGAUUAAAAAAAAAUACCAGGCGGCCCUGUUAUAAUUAUGGUCAUAAGAGGGUCAUUAAGACGGCGAUGCACAAACAGGAAGUGAUUGGUAGUCAUUCCACUCCAAUCCAGUUGGUGGCGGUAAUGCACCAAAUGGUUGUUUGCCAAGUGCCAUAAGACCACAAAUAAUAAGAAGAAGAGAGGUGGGAGCGUUCGUAACAAACUCAAAGCGAUAGUCAAAACAUUAAGCAUGACAUUAAGUUAUCCUAGUGGCUCCAAUAAGAGAAAGAAGCUGCAUGUUUCAUAAAAGCUUUUAUUUUCACUUCUGAAAGUGACGUCGUUUCUCGAUAAACAUCAAAAGGAAGCAGAAAGGAAAGACAAUGGAAAAUGUUUAAAAGGAGGAAAACAAAGACCAAAAUGGAAAAUAGAAAAAAAAAAAAACAAAGGCAACAGCACAGGAGCACUGACAGGAAAAAGAAAGCAGAGCAAAUAUUGAAAGCACUCAAAAGGAGGGAAAAACAGGAAAAAAGAGGAGGACUAAUAAAAAGGGAAAAUAACUCAUGUCAGAAGAGGGGAGAGUUUCGCAAAUCCAGUUAAAGGUAAGAUUGUUGAAAAUUUUGUGUAAGGGGCCCCAUGUCUGUGUUCGCCUUGGGCCCCCAAAUUGCUAAAUCCGCCUCUGACCACGGACAAUUUUUUCACAUCAUUAGCCCUUGGAGAAGAGCUGCUCCAAAAUAAAAUGUGUCUUGUGGGAACAGUUAGGCGCAACAAGCCAGAGCUGCCACCACAGCUGCUCCAGAUGAGAAGCAGAGCGGUUCUGUCCUCCCUCUUCGCCGUCAUCUCCACCACCACCGCGGUGACCUACAUACCGAAGCGCAGACGGGACGUUCUGCUCCUCAGCACCAAACACCAUCGGGUUGAGAUCCAGGAGGGAUCGCAGCAGAAGCCGACUGUAAUCCUUGAUUACAACCACUGCAAAGGGGCUGUUGACAACUUGGACAAGCUCGUCGCAACAUACAGCUGCUGCAGAUGAGAAGCAGAGCGGUUCUGUCCUCCCUCUUCGCCUUCACCUACUCCACCACCGCGGUGAACUACAUACCGAAGCGCAGGCUUGCAUGCACGCUUUGGCAGAAAAUGUGGACAGGCAGUGUGCGAGGAGCACUUAUCAGCUGAGUGCUUAACCUGCAGCUGUUAGCUCACUCCCCUCUGUGUUUCUCUCUCUCUCUCUCUCUCUCUCUCUCUCUCUCUCUCUCUCUCUCUCUCUCUCUCUCUCUCUCUCUCUCUCUCUCACACACACACACACACACACACACACACACACACACACACACACACACAUGCACGCACGCACACACACACACUUUUUUUUGUUCAUGUGCUUUAAUAAAGUGUUCAACUGGCCAUCUUUGUAAGUGCAUUUUUUUGUGCUCAAAGGACUUUAACGUGUGUAUUUUAGAAAAUAUGACAUCAAACAAAAACUACAAAGUGAGCAAAAAAUAUUUUUACGCCUAUUUGUGACACUCCAAGGCUGUGACAACUUACCCACAAAAGAGGUAAUCUGGACAUAACACACAAAAAAUGAUUUGAUUUUUUCAUUUUUUGUAGUUCUAUUUCGUCUAGUCUUAGCCCUUAAGCUAGCUGCUAUUGGAAGGAUGAUCUCCGCAUCAGCCAAUCAUGAAGAGCUAAAAUGUACGCCCACCAAUAGUGGGCCCCCUCGUGGUAUAUAACCGCAGUGACCCCACUGCUCACCUCCUUUUUCUCUUCAUGCCAAGCUUGAGAGCUUUAUUAAAGAGCAAAUAUUAUCCUAAAAAGAGCAACAUUAUGCGAAGACGACUUACCAGCCAUGUCCAGCGAUGCCAGACCCUGCCCGACCUGCCAGACGGGCUCCAUUUCCAGCGGUGACCUGCAUGCUAAGUGUGAGGUCUGUCUCGGGGCUCACCACGCUGGCCUGGCCUUGACCCCGCAGGCCUUGUGCCCGUUCUGUGCCGCUCUGCCCGUGGCGGAGAAGAUUCGCCGGGUCGAGUACUUCACUCCCGCCGCCGACGAAGAAUUUCCGGUCGCUGACUCGUACCCGCUGGACAAGGCUUUGUAUUUCUUCGACGCCGGUCAGGAGCCGGCUGGCUUCAACCGGCUGGAUGACGUCACCGACAGCGAAAACUACGAUGAGGCGGCAUCCCUCCUAGACAUAACGGAGGUCGACGAGCUUCGCUCAGCGGGUCCUCCUGCCCCAGUGGCUUCUCGCUCCUCCCUGCCAGCAGUAAGAGCACUGCUCCAGGAGCUGCCCGCCAUCACUUCUGCGGCAGCAGCCCGCAAGGGGCUAGCUGUGCCAGAACCGGCCCCGCCUGAAGCGGAUGAUUUGGCGGGAAUUUUCGGGGCGACUCAGACACGCUGUCCAGACCCUAUCUGGCCGCGCUUCCCCGCUGCUAUGAGCUGCUGGUCUGCCGCCUUCUCCGAGCCUGCCAAGCUCAAGGCGCCAGUCUCCACGUAUGCGCCCAUCACCAAGGUCGAGGGGUUUUCCGACCAAGGCUGGCCGUCCAUUCCUCCGCUAGAGCCGGACUUGGCCUCGCUUUUCGGCGCCAAGAACCACCUCGCUGGCCCGUGAGCUGUUCCCACUUCAAAACAUGACCAGCGCCCUUCUUGCCUUCGGCGUCUCAAAGAUGAUGGAGGAGCUGGAAGCUCCCGAGGAGUCGAAAGCCGUCAUUACUAAGACUGCUGAUGCUAUCCUCAAUCUGUGUGCUGCUGUGCUCACCGGUUCUGCUCGCAUCGCUGCCUGGCAGACCCUCAUCCAGCGAGCGAUCUGGCUGAAGGCCCUGCCCUCUAUUCCGGAACAUCUGCAAAGGGAGAUGCUAGAC